AACAUUCAAAUUCAAUAUGAAAGAUUACAAAAUAUAACAAAUGUGGCAUGGCCUGGAUAAUUGUUGUAGUCCCAGUAAAACCACAUUCUAUUGUAUUGGAUUCCUGGUUCUGAUCCAGUUGGUUUUAGUACAGGAAUCUUUCUUUUAACCUCCAUGUUGUCUUCAGAUGCCUGUGAUCUCACACACGACCUCAACACAGUAUGCUCAGCGCUGUAUCUUUCUGAGGGGAACAGAAAGGUGAAAUUUAAGGGAGUGACCAAGCCAUAUCCUGAUCACCCUAAAAGAUUUGCCAGAUGGCUGCAAGUGCUGUGCAGAGAAGGUCUGUCUGCUCGCUGCUACUGGGAGAUUGAGUGGUGUGUGGGAGUGGCUUCAUUAGGAGUCGCAUAUAAAGGAAUGAGCAGAAAAGGAAGUGGUAUUGACUCUCUCCUUGGACACAAUGACAAGUCCUGGUGUUUGUGGUGCUUUGGUUCCAGCAGUUCCUCUGCCUGGCACAAUAACAAUGAGACUGUCAUACCUGCCCUCCGCUCCCCCAGAGUAGGAGUGUUUCUGGACUGGCCGGCCGGCACUCUGUCAUUUUACAGUGUCUCAUCUGACGCAAUGACCCUCCUGCACACAUUCCACACCACAUUCACUCAGCCCCUCUAUCCGGGCUUUAGGCUUGGUGGCUAUGGUUCCUCUGUCUCAAUCCGCCAGCUGGAAUAGCAUCUUGUGUCUUGUCAGAACACCUUUGCUUGAGCUCCCUGCCUGGCUUCCCCAGUCCUUAGUGGAGCCUGUCCAGUCUGACAUUGUUGGUGCCGAUUCAUUCUGUAAAAUAAAGCAGCUGCUCUGUCACAUAAACCCAGUGUUCUGUCUCACUGGGGCCUCCUUGUAGAGAGGAUUAGAGGCUAGAGAGAAACAGUAGAGAGAGAUACAAUGUUAAUAUAGUCCUCUCUCUCAUAGGGAGGAUCAGGGUGGAUUUCAGUUUCUACAGUCUGGCGAGCGACCUGGAGGGUUUGUGGGUGAGGGGCUGUGUUGAGGAGGGGUGAGUGAGGUUGUGUUGUGUAAUUUAUAAAAUGAUUGCUGAGUCUACUGUGGUCAAGUGUGUACUUGUUGUGUUAUAUAUAUAUAUAUAUAUAGAGAGAGAGAGAGAGAGAGAGAGAGAGAGAGAGAAGAUGACCACCAACGGCGAGGUCGCUUCGGUCGCCCACACGGAUUCGACUGAAAAAGAGAAAUGGCUUGCUUUGGAUAGCAGUUUUAUCCCCUCGGUGGGCGGGUCCGAGUGCAUCAUCCAAGGGAGG